AUGUUGUUCCGAACUGCACUUAUUAUAUUAGUAUUAUGUUGUGUCUUUGUGUUUAAUGAAUUAAAUAAAAAUAAUGGCGAUACUUCAAUAAAAACAAUAGGAUCGAAACAACAUAAUAUUGAUAAAAAUAAAAAGAAAUUAAUAAAAGGAAAGCCAUCAUUUUGCAAAUUAUCUCGAGAUAUGGGUCCAUGUCGAGCAGCAAAGCAUCGGUUUUAUUAUGAUUCGACAAUAAAUGAAUGUAAAUGCUUUACUUAUGGUGGAUGUCGAGGAAAUCAAAAUAAUUUUCGAUCAUUACAUAAAUGUCAAAAAACAUGUAAAGUGUGA